AUGCGUCUCGCUAUCUCCGCCGCCGUUGCCACGUCCCUCGUCGCCCUUGUCGCGGGUCAGAUUGCUGAUCUGCCGGAAUGUGCUAGAAAUUGCGCAUUCCCCGCCAUGCCCCCCGAGUGCGGUGUUAAUCCCAAAUGCAUCUGCUCUGCCAAAUCCUUCAUCGAUGCCAUGACCUGCUGCGUCGCCAAGUCCUGCAACCCAGAUGAACAGCAGAAAGCAAGCGCCGUCGCCAAGAAAGUCUGCAGCGCCGCUGGCAUCAACGACCUCCCUGAAUCCGCCUCCUGCAACUCCGCCUCCGCAAGCGCGACCGCCACGGCAUCAAUCACUGGCACGCUCACCGGCACUGCUAUCAUCGAGCCGACCGGCACAACUGCGUCCGCAUCCCAGAAGGCGCCCACCGGCUCCACGACCCCGUCGUCGUCGCCCAGCACGACCGGAGCUACCGCUUCCCCGACGCCUGGUGCAGGCAGUCGGGCGGAGGUUGCGGCCGGCCUGGGGGUAGGGGCUGCGUUGUUGAUGGGGUUUGUUGGGGUGAUGUAGGGCUGUGUAUCUGGUAAGGGCGGGGGGUUUGCGUGGGUGGGUGGGUUGGUGCGGAUGUGUGGUAACUGUGGUUUUGCUUUACGUAUACGAGUUUAUAUAUAAAUCUGUGAUUUCACGGCGUGGUGUGUUUGGUGCAAAUUGCAAGUUUGUGUGUACCGAAUGGAAGAUUUGAGGAUUGACAUGGCCUAUGUAUUGAAAUUGAGCUAGAGCUACAGCUACCCAACUCACUCAUUAAUUAAUUAUAACUAAAAUCUCAG